CAUUUUUCUUUCUCUUUCUUUGUAUUCCCUCUCUUCAUUCUUCUCUCUUUCCAUAAUUCUCUUUCUCUUUCCUCUCCUAUAUCUUAAAUUAUACUUUGUUAAACCUGAGCAUGACACCGUACUUCUGAAUCAACUUGUUUAUAAUGAGCGAAUUGCUAAGGGAAGUAUUAGUAUGCUCCUAUUAGCAGCCGUUUCUAAGUUCGCAGGUGCGACAGUACACUGUGCAAUUGCACAGAUAUAUAUAGUACAAAAAAUGAAUAUGGGCAGUGCGUCGGAAGCUUGUUUCAUGCGUAAAGGUUUCAUUUCAAAAACCAUGUCAUAUUGCCUUUACAUUUCCAUUUCAGUUCUAUUACAAUUAUCCGACACCGAAUCUUCCAAUAUAAAAUUUGGACUAGAACAUAGAUUGACAGACAGGAUUUGGUUGGAUGCGGAGAAAGAGAGAUAGAGUUACCAAAACAAACAUGUAUGAAGAAGUGAAAAUGAUCGAAUACGAUGUAUCCCAUGUAGUGGUGCAUAUAAAUGAUAAAACAUUGCGGCCAACUUAUAUCAAACACACACACGCCAACACCGACACAAGCAAAGUUGCACACGUAGUGUACAAGAUGAGAAACGAGAAUUAGGCUGUGUGAGUCAUACGUAGUCGAACACUGAAGGAAGAAGCACACGUUUGUUGCUCUGAAGUCUAAAUACAAACACACACAUUUUUGCACAAAUCAAUUGAACGUGGAUCGAAAUGAAUCCGUAUCGCAGCAGUAGAACGUUGGGUGGAAAGUCCAAAAAGCAUAAAUGCAAGCGAAAUAAAAAGAUACCGUCGAUUAAAAUCAAAGAAGAAGUCGAUGUCAAACCAGAACCAAGUGAUGGUACAUAUUUGAUUCAACAGAUGCCGUCAUCGCCCCAAGCAACACCGAAUGGAGUCAUCAAGUCAGAGAGCGAGAGCGAUAUUGAGAUCGAUUUGGAAAGUAAGCCGAAUUAUGUGAAGAAAGAAAUCAAAAGCGAAGAUGAAUUGAAGAGCGACAUGGCGAAGGAUGGAAACGAAAUGGUAAAUGAUGAUCAGAUUGGUGAAAGCUCAAGUGCUACAAAACGAAAUUCAAAUAAGAAACAACGCAAAGAAGGUCGUUCAAAACGGAAGAAGUCAAAAGGUUCAAAAAAUGACAGAAUGGCCAAACCUUCAAAGAAGCCGUCCGUGAAGCAUGGGAAAAAACACAAAUGCACUUUCUGCAAUUAUGUGACAUCGCAAAAAGGACAUCUCACAAGACACAUUCGUACCCACACCGGCGAAAAGCCGUUCGCAUGUGAAAUAUAUGCCAAAGCUUUUGCACAAAAGCACAAUUUGAAUCGUCAUAAGAAAACUCAUGCAGCAGAAUUUCAAUUUUGUUGCUCAAAGUGUCGUCAGGCACAUGAAAUCGAUAAAAUGAACCACGAGGGCAAAUGCAAACAUCGUCAAUAUGCUUGUCAUCUUUGCAAAAACGCCGCUCAUCAUUUGCAACAUCUUAAGCAACACAUGCAAAUUCACAAUGGUGAGAGAUCAUUCAGAUGCCGUGUUUGCGCCAAAACAUUUCUACGCAAAGAUGAUCUUAACAACCAUUCACGCACCCACAUUAAAGAACUUCCAUUUGAUUGCGCACAAUGUGGUCGACGAUUCGCUGAUGAAAACGAGAAACAAUCGCAUGAGGAUCAUUGCAAAGGCCGACGAUACGUUUGUUAUCUUUGCCCAUUCAAAUGUUUUCAAAAAUACGAUUUGAGGCGGCACAUGCAAGUCCAUCACACUGGCGAGAGAGGAUUCAAAUGUGGUGUUUGCGGAAAGAAAUGUCUUCACAAAGGUCAUCUCAAGCAACAUUUGGCAACACACUCCAAACGAAAACCGGUCCAUUGCUCCAAAUGCCUUAUGCCAUUUGCAAAUGUAGACGAUAUGAUUGCUCACAAAGAUCGCUGCAAGCGUCGCCUUUAUCAGUGUUAUUUGUGCAAAGUUUUAAAGAAUCAAUCAACACAAUUACAAGGACACAUGCGAAACUAUCACACUGGCGAAAAGCCAUUUCCAUGCAAACUAUGUGACGGUCGUUUUUCACUACUUGGACAAGCUAAUUUGCAUAUGAAAAAGGUACACGGUUCAAAGAAAUGAUUGCGACGCUAAUCAACUACGAUCAGUUCGUAGGAAAUUGAAAUUCUUUCAUGAGAAUCCACAAACAAUUAUGUUGCUGCAUUAAAAUAUCCAUUAAAUUAAGACGUACCGAAACUAUGCUCAAAGUGUCAAAAAGCUAGCGCCACGACGGAAUUCAAUAUAAUCUAUACUAGUGAAAAGACUUUUUCUCAGUUACAAACAACUGACUAGAACUCCAUAGUUGUACGUAGUGGCGCUAGCUGUGCUAUAGUUUUGCAUUUUAUACAGUCUCUUAUGGAACAUAAUUGCAGUAUGAAUUAAGAAAAAGCCACAUCCACCUUAUUCGAAAACAUUGUUAUGAAUUCAAUAUAUUUAAUUAAAUGAGAAAAUACACCAUUUUUGGCUUAAAGAUAUUAGAAGUAGUACAGAAAUCUAAAAUAAUGCACUUUAUGUAAAA